AAGAAAGAAUAAUUUAUUAUAUCUCUGAUAAAAAUAAAAAUCGAACGUAAAGGAGUAGUAAAGCGCAAACUUCUAGGAAGUGAAAAUACAGAUAAUGGAACGGCGUUAAUGCUUUUUUUUAUGUUCCAUCAUUGUCUGAAUUUUUACUUCUUAGAGGUUUCAUUUAUGCUUCUGUCACUUUCCUCUUUAUAUUCGAUUUAUGCUCCGAUUUUUAUUUUUGUUACAGAUAUCAGGUUAUUUUGUACUCUCUAUACCUCGUAGGAUGAAAAAUUACUCAAAAAUUGCUCUUUCGCAAUUUGAGACAUUAUAACAAAGGAACUGAAUGAUAAAAGUGAUUGCGUUUACUUCAUUACAUUAUCUUUAUUCAAAAUACGCGGCAGUUUCUGAAAUGACAAGAUUUAAAGCUGACCAAUCACAACCCUCUUAGUGAUCUAAUUGUAAGUUGGUACGAGUGUAUGGUAACGUUGCAAUGUUCGCACUGUUCGCGCGCUUCAUAACGUUUGUGUUUAUUUGUGACAUGAUGAGAAGACAACAUCAAAUUUAUAACCACUCGGCUUAAAAGCGAACAAGUAGGAAAAAGUAACGAUUGAAGGAAAACAGUAACGACGUUAUAAAUACCGUCAAUUUCCCUUUUGGUUUUAAUUAAUGUGAAAUUGUGCUUUGUGAAGCAGUGUCUAUUUAAUGUGAAACGUGAAACAUCGAUGUUGCUGUGGGAACGAUUUACGAGGCGACGACGUUCGUUCUUUUCUACCGAUAGAAACGAUUUCUGUAGAAGGUCUGCUUUGCGCAAGCUGAUGACAUCUAUUGGAUCAAAGAAGAACUAAAAUUGGGAUUUCAAAACAAAAUGCAAAAGGAAAAUGAAAAAUGUUAUAGACAAACAAUUGCUUCUACCGAUCAAUGUUUAGGUACUCGUGAAAAGUGUAUAGAAAUACCGAUAGUCGACAACAAAGAGUUCAGGAAGGAUUUAAUCGCACGUAUCGAAGCUGUUAUACUGAAAAUAAUAAAACAGAUAUCUGCCAAACAGGCACCGUGUAUAUCGUAUUGCAGUAGUCGAAAUGUCAAAUGUUUGAAAUUGAGCACACAUGAAGAGAACGUUUAUCCAGGAUGUUUAGUCGAUUAUCAACAGGAAACAAUGUUCUUCAAUGAUACCUUAAUUGACUUCGCCGAAGAACAAACUACAGAUGAUGAUGAUAGUUCUGAAGAGUCAACUGCAAAGAUAACUGUUGAUUUCGCGGUAAAAAGCAGUAGAAACAAAUUUGUCCUAAUGAUGGUAAUAAUAGCCGAGAUUCAUCAUUUGUUGCUAACAAAUACGACCAAGACUAGACGAUCUUUUUAUUACGAUCUGAAGAAUGAGACAACCGAAUAUUUGGUGCCUCAUCAAGGAUACGUCGAUCGUGCAUUGAACGAUAUCGCUAAUUUGUUAAAUUGCGCGCCAUGGGAUUUAGGACUGCUGGCGACGGCUAAAGGAUUGGUGGCGGGAAAUAUGACCAUCACGUUAGUUGACAAUCAAGUCAUUGAUUGCACGAUACCAGGUGGUGUGCAGAUUCCACAAAUUAUUUCGAACGUGACUUCUAUUCGUGCAAAAGCCGAGUUUGUUUUGGUAAUUGAGAAGGAUACGAUCUUCCAAAAGUUGCUCGAGGAAAACUGCUGUCGCAUCUUAAGAUGCAUUUUAGUGACGGGAAAGGGUUAUCCGGAUGUAGCUACGAGGAUGCUGGUCAAGAUGCUAUCCGAGAAGUUGAACUUACCAGUUUAUAUAGUCGUAGACGCGGAUCCUUUCGGCAUAGAGAUUAUGUUAAUUUAUCGUUUCGGCUCAUCAACACUUCGUAAAGUAAACGAGAGUUUGGCUUGUCCUAACGCACGUUGGCUUGGAAUCCAUCCCUCGGAACUGAUUGCUAUAGGAGCGAAAACAAUUCCGCUCACCGAAGCCGAUCUCGUAAAAUUGAGAUCCAUCGAAGCCCGGGGUUACGUAAACGAAGCGAUAUCGAAGCAGCUGAGCAUAUUGCGGAAAGGCAAGGCGGAAAUAGAGGCGGUGUCUUCCUUCUCAAAGAAUUUUCUUACGGAGACAUAUUUAUCUUACAAAAUAGAUGGCCAGGAUUAUAUUUAAAGCAUCAUUUCUGUUUGAGAAAUUUAGUAAGAAA